AUGUCUGAUGACCAUGCGACGGCUCCUGAGCCAAAAAGGCGAUCACGAAGCUCACGUUCGACCAGCAAGAGCCUGGAAGCGUUGACAGCAAAGCUGAAGCUGGACAAUGCAACUUCUACCGUAGUCCGGCGCUCCAGUUCCAAGAAGAAGCCCAAUGUACCGUACAUCCACCCGAACUUGGAUGGCAUGAACGGAUCUGCACGAGACGUGGAGGAAACGCCUGCGCUCAGUAUCAGCUCUUCUUCUCCUCCUUCCUCUCCUUCUUCUCGAGGUGCCAACGCAGGCUGGUCCCCAGAUACUGGCACAGCUUCGACAGCAGCUACCUCGUGGACGACCUCACCAGCCUCAUCCGGAUCUCGCAACAAACGCGCCACACCUGAAGAUUGUCAAAAAGACAGUAAGAGUGGUGGCACAGGAGAGGAGAACAUCCUAUCAGUCAUCGAAGAAGACAGCGGCCGCUUCUUGCUAAUACCGGUACAAGAGACAUUGGUUGACAUCGAGCCUUCCGUGACGACUGUAGAAAACGCGGCGGCGGCAAAGUGCGCUCUGGAAACUCACUUCUACGACCUCAUGAUGGAGCCGCAUUCACCUCGAUCGAUUCGUCGCAAGAAGUUUGAGAAGAAAUUGAACGAGAUUGACCAUCUCCGCCAAAUGCGUGUGCUAAAGUCGACGGCGCUGCAACGUCACGAAGUCAAGGGCAUCUCGAUCGCUGGCUUUGACAGCAUCCGUGUCCUGGGCAAGGGCAGUUUCGGCGUUGUUCGCCUAGUCACAGAGCGCACUCCAAAAUCGAAUGACGAACCGGGCUCUAACGAGAAUGACGAUGGCAUACGCAAGCCUCUUCACGAUGUGUUCGCCAUGAAGGUGAUUCGCAAGUCUGAGAUGCUGCGCGCCUGCCAGGAAGGCCAUUUGCGGGCUGAGCGCGACUUCUUGGUGGCUUCUGAGGGCUCUCGGUGGGUCGUGCCUCUCAUCGCCAGCUUUCAGGACAACACAAAUCUAUACCUCGUCAUGGAAUACAUGAUUGGCGGAGACUUUCUCGGUCUCCUAUUGCGCGAAGACGUGCUUGAAGAGGAAGUCGCCAGAUGGUACGUUGCUGAAAUGAUUCUCUGCAUCGAAGAGGCCUACAAGAUGAAAUGGAUCCAUCGCGAUGUCAAGCCCGACAACUUUCUGAUCAGCGCUUCUGGCCACCUCAAGAUCUCCGACUUCGGUCUUGCCUUCAAUGGUCAUUGGGCCCACAGCCAGACUUACUACAAUAGUCAACGCGAGUCGCUACUGGACAAGGUCGGCAUCAAGAUCACAGGCGACGACCAGGAUGUCAUUGAUGAGCAAGAGAUGCGAGAAGAGGCGGCCAAGUCUCCGCAAAGAUCGCCACGUUCGAAGGUCGAUGUGGAGGAGAGUGCUCACCGCGAGGGACUGCUCAACUGGCGCAAUCGCCUUGAAAGGCGGAAGCUAGCUCGCAGCGUUUGGAGCAUCGGCAUUAUCCUGUACGAAUGUCUUUAUGGACGCACGCCUUUCUACUGCGACAAUCGUCAGAAGACGAAAGAGAGCAUUGUACAUCAUCACUCGACGCUGCAAUUCCCGAGCAAUGAGCGUUGGUCGAGACCUGCUUCCGACUCGCGACGACAGCUGCCGCCACCAAGCAGCAUUGUCGUGGACCUUCUACAAAACAUCCUGACGGACAAAGAACUGCGACUCAGCUCGAGGCAGUAUCGUCAUACCGAACACAGACUGGGUCGUCGCAUGUCACGAGACUCAAUAACACCAGGACCACUGGCUCGCCAUGUGUUCGCAAAUGACGCCGAAGAGAUCAAAUCACAUCGCUUCUUCUAUGGAAUUCAAUGGACGCAGCUACACCUUAUGUCGCCACCUUUCAUCCCUCGUGUCAAAGAGAACCAGUCCAUCACCAAAUAUUUUGAGGAAGAAAAAGACAUUGUGACCUCCGACAGCUCCAGCUUCGUCUCUGCUCAGGAAAACAUCGACUCUGAGGCCGACGUUGACUCGGACGAGGUUGCCAGAAUUCUUGGACCACAUCUGCAGAAGUGGAAAGCUGAGCGCGUUGCCAAAGAGAAAUGGCUCAUUGGAAUUGAUGAUUGUGAAGAUGCUGAGCUGCAACGAAUCAAGGAGCACUUCGGGGCUGGCUACGAGGAGUGGAAAGCAAGACGAAUGAUGGACAUCGCGCAACUGCGGAUCGCGAAGGGCAUUGAACCUGACUGGCCACACGGGAAGAAAAAGGGCAAGGAGAGGAAGAGACCAAGGGACAAAAUGUUGAGAGAUCCAGUCGUGGGUCGGAAGGCUAUGGAGUUGAGAAAGAAGAAGGCUUUCUUCGGAUACACUUAUCGUCGACCUAAGCCAGUGUAUCUUGCAGGAAGUGUGGGGAGGAGUCGGAGGAAUGCUAUUUCUCGACCUACGAUUUUGCCGAUUGCUCAUGACGCUUCGGCUUCGGCGAGCACCGCGCUUUAA